AUUAAAGAAACGCCGGUGGGCCACCGGUGAAAGUUGUAGUGCAGAAAGCCACAAAAAAACGGCUUCUGUCAUCAUCUACGACUCUUGAAAAUAAACUCGUUUCUUGAAAUCGUUCUCUUUCUUCUUUCGUAUAUAAGUAUUUUCUGCUAAAUUAAAGCCUGAAAUCGAUGAUUUCGAGUACCUGUAGUGGUUGUUCUUGCAAGCCGUUGCUGAUUUCUACAAAGUCAUCAUUUACAGGAAGGUAUUUUCAUCUCCAUCACGGCGGUGUAACUCUGAUCCAGAAACGCUUCAACGGCGACGGAAUUUGCGUUGUGAGAGCUUCAAUGGUGGGGAAUACCUCCGAAAACUCCUCCAAUUUCCUUAAACGUAUGGAACAAGCUUGGUUAAUCUCUCAGCAACCGAGGCCAAUUGCUUGUUCUUCUUGCGAGUCGAAUGGACAUGUCGAGUGCAAAUGGUGUCGUGGCACAGGGUUUUUCAUUCUUGGUGAUAACAUGCUUUGUCAAGUCCCAUCUAGAAAUUCAAGCUGCGUUAUUUGUACAGGAAAGGGAUCAACAAGUUGUGCAGAUUGUAAAGGAACUGGAUUUCGUGCAAAAUGGUUGGGGCAACCACCGAUUCAAUCUUAGUUUUUGCAGGUAAGUCGUUGAAUGUAAAACUGGGAAACCAGAUUGUAUUCUUUUAGACAUUUACUUCAAUUUAUCAUCACAUUUGGUAAUUUUUUGCCACAUCAGCAUUAAGCAAAAAAAAAAAAAAAAAAAGUUAAAUUGUAACUGCUUACUGUUUAAUAGGUCAAAAAGUGUAUGUAUAUAUGUUGCUAUUAUUAGUA